UUUUGGGGGGGGGGAGGUUAUUGUUGUUUGUUCUGUUAUUGUCUGGCGAGUCGCAGAACUUUCUCCAGCGCGUUGGGCCCCCGCGUCCCACCCAGGUCGCCCCUGCACGGCGCUCCGGCGGAUGUCGCAGCUGGCGGGUCCAUGUCUCCUGCUGGGUCGCUCCUGGUAACGCUGCUCACGGCGACCACACCGCUGUUGUAACAUUUCUUCCAUUGCUCCCUGGCGCAACCACAAGCUGGCGACCGCUUAUGGUAAAGGCUGAAACGAAAGAGCUCUCCUCUCUUACACCGACAAGGAGGGGACGAGAAAGUACGCCGCGUGAGUCUAAGCGCGUGGGUCAAGUUCACGGUUGAUCUUUAAAGGAAUUUGCUGACUGACAAUGGCAGAAAAAAUCUUAGAGAAGUUAAGUAUCCUUGAUAAGCAAGCAAAGAUAAUCUUGGCCAGAAGAGCAAAGAAAAACAGACUUCAGAAUGGAAGAAGAAAAAAGAUUUUAGCUAAACCCCUGACGUUUGAUUUUCACUUGGAAUUUGAAGAGGACACCGCUGCACCCACAUCUGCAGCAGGAUCGAAGAUCACAGAAGACAAGUAUACCCCUCUCAAAUGUGAACCUGAAUCUAUAAAGAGUGAUAUCAACAAGUCAAAUUUAAGACCACAAUGUGUUCAAAGAAAUAUAGAAAAACCAGGAAAGCCAGUGCAAGAACAUCUAAAAUCAAGACCUAUUGGACCUUUUCUUUAUCUUAAGGACACAGAUGAGGUCGGGAAUUCAGAGCCCUUGGGCCUUCUGUAUUCACAGCAGAAACAAGCCUUCGGGAGACCACAAGGCCCCACUGUCUUUCCUCCUGCACUUAACAUUCAGUCCAAUGCUGCUCAAAUUGAAAAGGAAACGAGGAAAUCAUUGGAUUCUCUCGGCCAUUUAGAAGAUUAUGUAAAUAAAAGAGGAAAAUUUCCACAGACGAAUGAUUUUAAUACACAAGAAAAAAAAUCAGUCCGAAAUUAUAAAUUAAGUAAGAAUCAUUCAGUAAGAAAGAAAAGUUUACUCCCCUUGUGCAUUGAGGAUGAGCUGAAAAAUCCAAAUGUCAAGAUAAUCAGCAUUCGCCCAGCAAAGACAGUGACUCCUCAGACGAGACCAAGUGACACAAAUCCUCUGAUUUUCCACGACACAAGAUACGUACAAAAGUUACUCUUGGCAAAAAAUAGAUUUUUUCCUCAUCCUUUGGAAAAUGAAAACAUUUACCCACGUAAAAGAACAAAUUUUGUUGUAGAAAGAAAUUGUGAAUUCUUUAAAUCUUUAUUUGGUGAUCUAUCUAUUACUCCUUCCAAACCGAUAAAAACUCUGCCUACAGCAAUAAGGAGGGGUAUACAAGACAUACCUUUUGAAGUGCAAUAUGGAAUUACAGAUGAUAAACUGAAGAAGAAAAUUUAUAGGCAAACCUUAGAAAACCAGUCCUGGAAUACACUCCAUAACGUCGCACAGAAUUUUUCCAUCCUAACAAAACAAAUUGUGCAUUAUCUUGAUAAACCUGCUAUUCAAGAAAUGAGUGAUAAAACUGGAACAUUUGGAAGAAUGUUUUCCACAGCAAAACCAACAAACAAAUUCAUUGCCUUCCCUGUCAAACAUCACUCGAAGCCUUUUAAAAAUAUGCAUGAACUAAGCAACGUAACCCCAUUGGAUGGCUUGUUGAACUUGUCGAGUGAAGAUUAAAG